AUGAAUAGGGAUAAAGUGCAGGUGGGCGAUAUUUCCAUCGAACCGCCUGCAACUGGCAUCGCUGCACAAACAGCAGUGAUCGUGGUCGCGUCUCCGGAAAGCGUGGACAUGGAGGCGCAUGGAGAAAAGCGCAUCGCUUCCGGUGAGCUGGCUGUGUUUUCCUGCCCCGCAGCUAGAGAUGUGCUUCAGGCGGAAAGCAGAGAAAACUCCGUGCGUCAAGAUGCAGCUGCGCUUCCGCCACCCAGCACUCCGCGGACCACCUCAUUCUCGGUGCUGGACAUUUUGGACCCAAAUAAGUUCACAAGCAAACGGCAGUCAGUCACCCGGACAGGCUGUGAUUCCGGCUGUGGCUUCGGUACAGAAAACAGAAGCGAAGAUUCAAAUCAUGCCGCAGAUCAGAAAUCAUAUCCAGAAGAGUACGACUGCAAGAAAUCGUCUGGACUGCUUAAGGAUGGCUUCGUGUUCAGAUCUUCAGAAUGUGAGAGUGAUUUUACGCGUGGGAAUCACACAGACAGCGAGCUGCAGGAUGAUCUGUGCAGUGACGAGAGCAGCGGUGCGCUCACUGGAAACGCCGACGGAGAGGACGAGGACCCGGUCAUGAAAUGUCCAAGUCCUGGCAGCCAGCAGAGCCAGCAGUCUUCAUCAAAUGGACAGAACCAGCAAGGCAAGUCGAAGAGAAAACGCUCCGGCUCGGACUCGAAGUCCGGAAAGCCGAGAAGAGCUCGGACUGCGUUCACAUACGAGCAGCUCGUGGCUCUGGAGAACAAAUUCAAGUCGACGCGCUACCUGUCCGUGUGCGAGCGCCUCAAUCUGGCGCUGUCACUGAGUUUAACGGAGACUCAGGUAAAAAUCUGGUUUCAGAACCGCAGGACAAAGUGGAAGAAGCAGAACCCGGGAGCAGACACUAGCGCUCCGACGGGUGGUGGCGGUGGAGGACCGAACGGACCCAACGGCGGUUUGGGCGGCCUGAGUCCCCUCAGUCCGUCUCCACCCAUGGGCGGUCAUCUCUCAAUGCACGCCAACUAUCCGAGUCACACACCUGGAGGACUAGUGUGCACUACUCAGUUACCCUUCCUGCCUAGUCAUGCAGUACUGUCUCCGUUCAUGCUGAGCUCGCAGACGUACGGAGCGCCUGCUUUUUACACGCCGCACUUGUAA